AUGAAAGAAUUCAUUACCCACGCCAAACAAGCCCAAGCCAUGCAAAAGAAAAUGGAAAGGGAGGGUAUUAUGGGAAUAAUGAAUGACCCUAAACUAAGAAAACAAAUGGAGGAGUUGCAAAAGAGGUUUGGCGGGAAAGCAAGUGAGCGCAGUUGGUUAGCGCACACCGCCGAUAACGGUGAGGCCGGUGGUUCGAGUCCACCUAUUGGUGCCAAAGUAAGACCGAGGGGUGAUUUGUUUGCUGAAAACAAGCCACUACGGAGAAAACCCCCGAUGGAUAAUUGUCGAAUGAAUCAUAAGGAGAACACUCCCGAAAAGUUAGCCGAACACCAAAAGAGACAGGAAUUAAUAGAAAAAGGUUAUAAACCUUGUCAAGGAAGGGGAAUAAUGCCUUUUCUGGCUGGUUUAGAAAAAUGCGGAAUAUUAAUUCCCCCUACGACCGAAUACUGCGAAAGAUGCAAGGAGGAGCAACGAAAAGAACAAGAGAGGAGCGAGGACGGACAUAUGAGUGAUGGCCUUUGUGAAAGUAGCAUAGAAUUUAAAAAUGGUUCACUUCAUGUUUAUCCCGAGGAUUUAAGCAAAAUCCCACCUCCACUUUUAGAAAGAUUUGAGGUCAAUGUUGUUCCUUCACACUCAAAAAAAAUCUUUCCUAGUGGUGGCUCUUAUUCUGACAAUUUACAAGACCAAAUAAGCAACCUGGAAAGUAAAUUACAAUGUGCCAAGCAGUCUGGCGACAAAAGUGAAAUAAUUUGCGGGCAAGCCAAGCCCGGUGCUAGUUUAGCCUUUUUAAAAAACAUGACCUUGUUUUGUCGGGAAUUUAACGAAAAAACUAAAGAAAGAAACGGAGAAUUAGUUAGCGUGGAAAUAGUGGUUUAUCCUGACAAAACUCAUAAUCAUUUAAUAAAAAAAGCCCUUGGUGAGAAAAAAGAAAUUACCCAAGCAGAAUUGGAACAAGUGGCAAAAGAAAUAAUGUCAAGUUUAAAUACUGAGGAUAUCGAAAAAGCCAAAAAAAUUGUGGCGGGUACUAUCCGAAGUUUUAAUGGUGUUAAAGAUUAUUAA